CAAAAUUUUGACAAGUUCAGUUUGACAUUCAAAAUUUGAGAAGUUAUUUUUUGAAAAUUUCGGUCAGGUUUAAAAAUUCUUGCGAAAGAGUAAAAAUUCAAGUGUAACAUAAACAACAGCAAAAUGAGAGAAUGCAUAUCAGUCCAUAUUGGCCAAGCGGGUGUUCAAAUUGGCAAUUCGACAUGGGAGCUCUACUGCCUAGAACACGGAAUCAAACCAGACGGUACUGUCGAAGUAUCUGAUCAGAUAGUCUCAGAUAACUGCUAUGGUACCUUUUUCUCCGAAGUUGAAAACGGGAAGCUUGUCCCAAGAGCAGUUAUGGUAGAUCUAGAACCAACUGUAGUAGACGAGGUUCGUACCGGUGUUUACAAAAAGCUCUAUCAUCCAGAGCAAUUGAUCACGGGCAAAGAAGACGCUGCUAAUAACUACGCUAGAGGUCACUAUAGUAUUGGUAAGGAUAUGUUGGACAUCGUGAUGGAGCGACUUAAUAAACUGGCCGAAAAUUGCCACGGUCUUCAAGGCUUCUUCGUUUUUCAUUCAUUUGGAGGAGGUACUGGUUCCGGUUUUUCCUCAUUAUUGAUGGAAAGGUUGUCUAACGAUUACGGAAAGAAAAGCAAGUUGGAGUUUGUUGUUUAUCCUGCCCCACAAGUAUGUACAGCUGUAGUUGAGCCUUACAACUCCAUUCUUACAACAAAUUCAACACUGGAUCACUCUGACUGUGCUUUUAUGGUUGACAAUGAAGCUAUAUAUGAUAUUUGCCGAAGAAAAUUGGGCAUCGAAAGACCUGAUUACAUAAACUUAAACAGAUUGAUCAGCCAAGUAGUCUCCUCGAUCACAGCAUCGUUGAGGUUUGAUGGAGCGUUAAACGUCGACCUCACCGAGUUUCAGACAAAUUUGGUUCCUUACCCAAGGAUCCAUUUCCCCCUUGCCUCAUAUGCACCGGUGGUUUCUUCGGAAAAAGCAUAUCACGAAGGUAUGUCGGUGGCUGAAAUCACCGCUGAACUCUUUGAACCGACGAAUCAAAUGGUUAAAUGUGAUCCAAGAGAAGGCAAAUACAUGGCUUGCUGUCUACUCUACCGCGGAGACGUAGUUCCCAAAGAUGUUAACGCAUCCAUAGCCUUGAUGAAAGCCAAAAGUAACGUCAGAUUCGUCGACUGGUGUCCCACUGGAUUCAAGGUCGGUAUCAACAACCAGCCUCCGACUGUGGUGAAAGGAGGUGAUUUAGCUCCCGUACAAAGAGCUGUUUGUAUGCUUUCAAAUACGACAGCAAUUGAAUCUGCGUGGAAGAAACUGAACAAGAAAUUUGACUUGAUGUUUUGCAAACGAGCUUUUGUGCAUUGGUAUAUUGGGGAGGGAAUGGAAGAUGCCGAGUUUGGAGAAGCGAGGGAGAACUUGGCAACUUUGGAAAUGGAUUAUCAAGAGGUUGCGUCAGAUUCUAUCGAAGAGGAAAAUGAAUUGGCUGAUGGAGAUGUAUAAUAUAAUUACCAAUAACUAAAUAAAUUCUUUUCAACAGCCUU